CUUGAAAGAAUUCAAGGUCUUCGUCUUCGGACGAUUACAGAUCGAAGAUCUUAAAGUAAAAGGCCUCGAUAUCAUUGGUAAAGCAGUGGCGUCGUUGGAAAUGAAAUUCAAAUUGAUUUGCGUGGGCUCUCCAGCGGGUAAACAAAAAAAACUUCAGAAAUGGUUUCGCAAGAAACAGAUAAUCACCCGCGAAAAACUGACAAUCCGUCGUUAUCGAGACCACGACGAAGUUAUAGAAAUGUUCAAAGAGGCGGAUUUAGUGGUUUUGCCCUCUCGCGUUGAGGGGUUCGGUUUGAUCGCCCUAGAGGCGAUUUCUGCCGGCAUACCGGUUCUCGUAUCAAGUCAGGCCGGCAUUUCCGAACCACUUCGGGAGGUGGACGGUGGAUGUGACGUAAUUGUGGAACGAAAUAGGCCAGAAGAGUGGGCAAGGAGAAUUAACGAGUUCUCCUCCCAAACCACUCAAGAGAGAUAUGGAAAGGCUCUUUGCCUUCGGGAGAAUUACCAGCAAAUUUAUUCCUGGCAGAAAGAGACAGAAAAAUUCAUAAAUCUGGUCAAGCAUGUUCUUGGUGGUGGCGACAGCGUGUCAGACAAGGAGAAUGCCGGGGUCGAAAAACUUGUGAUAAAAUCAAAGAAGGUUUCCUCUGGAAAUCAACUAGACCGAACACCGCUGGGAGAGGUGCCAAACAUAAAGCGGAAACAUGAGAAAGAAACUGGGCAAAGCCCAGAUCAAGUCCCCAAAGCAGCGAAGAGGCUCCGAUCCAGGAAGGCUGUGUGUACCCUUUGCCCUAGCAUCAUCAAAGAAAAGCAACCAGCCUGGUGUGAUACAGGAGAAGAGCCCGUGCAAGUAAAAAAUAAAUAAAUAAACAAACACAAACAGGUCCAUUGAUCAACGUGGAAUAUGAUCCUAACCUUAUUCUGAUCCUUUGACUGACCCUAAAAUGAUCAUUUGUUUUCUGUCAUCAGACCAUCUCUUGAUGAAAGAUCCUGUCCCCUUUUCAAUUAAAGAAAAAUGUUGCAUAUAAUUUUACAUUGGUGAUUUUUAUCCCGAGGCAUCAUCCUUGAAUUAAUGGAUGCAGUAAGGCUGCAAUAUAAUCCACAAGAUGGGUUCAAAUU